UACACUAGCUUGUGUUUCCCUGUUCUGCGCUUGUUUUUCUUCUGGGCGUUCCAAUGGCGGCCCUGAUGGCCACCAUGGCCAUCCGGCCACUGGUGUCCAUGCUGAUGAACAAGGCGUCCAGCUCCCUCCUGGACCAGUACAAGGUGAUGGAGGGAAUGGAGGAGCAGCACAAGAUUCUCAAGCGCAAGCUCCCGGCCAUCCUCGACGUCAUGACUGACGCCGAGGAGCAGGCGACGGAGCAUAGAGAUGGGGCCAAAGCCUGGCUCCAGGAGCUCAAGACUGUGGCCUAUGAGGCCAAUGAAGUCUUCGACGAGUUCAAGUAUGAAGCACUCCGCCGUGAAGCCAGGAAGAAGGGGCACUACAGAGAGCUUGGAUUUGAUGUAAUUAAACUCUUCCCUACUCACAACCGUAUUGUGUUCCGUUACAAAAUGGGCCGCAAGCUUUGCCGGAUUCUGAAGGCCAUUGAUGUCCUCAUAGCUGAGAUGCAUGCCUUUAGGUUCAAGUACCGACCACAGCCGCCAGUGUUCAAGCAGUGGAGGCAGACGGAUUAUGUUAUCAUCGACCCACAAGAAAUUGCUAGCAGAUCCAGAGACAAAGAUAAGAGGAACAUUGUUGAUUUACUACUUGGUAAAGCUAGCAAUGCAGAUCUCGCAGUUGUUCCCAUUGUAGGAAUGGGGGGGCUUGGUAAGACCACAUUAGCGCAGCUUAUAUACAAUGAACCUGAUGUUCAGAAGCAUUUCCAGUUGUUGCUCUGGGUCUGUGUCUCUGAUACCUUUGAUGUGAACUCCCUGGCUAAGAGUAUAGUUGAAGCAUCUCCCAAGAAAAAUGAUGAUACAGACAAACCACCAUUGGAUAGACUUCAAAAGCUGAUCAGCGGGCAGAGGUAUCUCCUUGUAUUGGAUGAUGUCUGGAACAGAGAGGUUAGUAAGUGGGAAAGGCUGAAGGUAUGUCUUCAACAUGGUGGCAGUGGUAGUGCAGUGUUGACGACAACUCGUGAUAAACAAGUUGCUGAAAUUAUGGGUGCAAAUAGAACAUACAACCUCAAUGCUUUGGGUGAUAGCUUUAUAAAGGAAAUUAUUGAGGCUAGAGCAUUUGGUUCAGAGAAAGAAAAGCCUGCUGAACUAGUCGAGAUGGUUGAUGAGAUUGUGAAGAGAUGUUCUGGCUCUCCAUUAGCUGCAACGGCACUGGGCUCUGUGCUUAGUUCGAAGACGAGCGUGAAUGAAUGGAAGGAUGUAUCAUCUCGAAGCAGCAUUUGCACCAAGCAAACUGGAAUUUUGCCAAUACUCAAGCUUAGCUAUAAUGACUUGCCUGCACACAUGAAGCAGUGCUUUGCUUUCUGUGCUGUAUUUCCCAAGGAUUACAAGAUUAACGUGGAGAAGCUGAUCCAACUAUGGAUCACAAAUGGCUUUAUCCCAGAGCAUGAGGAAGAUAGUCUUGAAACCAGUGGAAAACAUAUUUUUGAUGAGCUGGCCUCAAGGUCAUUCUUUCUGGACAUAGAGAAAAGUAAAGAUGACUCUGAGUAUUAUUCAUGUAAAAUCCAUGAUCUUAUGCAUGAUAUUGCAAUGUCUGUCAUGGGAAAGGAAUGUGUUGUUGCAACUAGGAAACCAAGUCAAAUUGAGUGGCUUCCGGAUACUGCUCGGCAUUUAUUUUUGUCAUGUAGAAAAGCAGAAGAUAUUUUGAAUGAUUCUAUGGAGAAAAGAUCCCCUGCUAUCCAAACUCUUCUAUGUGAUAGUUCUAUUGGAAGCUCAUUGCAGCAUCUAUCAAAAUACAGAUCUUUGCAUGCCUUGAAGCUCUGUAUAAAGACAGAAUCAUUUGUACUGAAACCAAAGUACCUUCUUCACCUGAGGUACCUUGAUCUCUCAGAAAGUUCUAUCAAAUCACUUCCUGAAGAUACAAGUAUUCUAUAUGGCUUGCAAAUUUUAGACCUCUCCAACUGCCGCUAUCUUGAACGACUUCCAAGGCAAAUGAAGUACAUGACUUCCCUCUGCCACCUUUACACUCAUGGAUGUCCGGAGUUGAAGAGCAUGCCUCCAGAACUAGGAAAGCUCACCAAGCUGCAGACGCUUACAUGUUUUGUAGCAGCAGAUACUGGACCUGAUUGUAGUGAUGUUACAGAGCUGCAGGAUUUAAACCUUGGUAAUCAGCUAGAGCUACGUCAAAUGGAGAAUAUUGAAAAAGCAGAAGCAAAAGUGGCAAACCUUGGAAAAAAGAAGGAUAUCAGAGAACUGACACUAAGAUGGAAUUCUGUUUGCGACACCAAGGUGCUUGACAAUUUCGAACCACAUCAAGGGCUGUAUGUUCUGAAGAUACAUUCCUAUGGAGGAAAGUGCAUUGGUAUGUUGCAAAACAUGGUUGAGAUCCAUCUUUUUCUUUGUGCAAGAUUGCAAUUUUUGUUCAGAUGCAGCACAUCCUUCACUUUUCCAAAACUGAAGGUGCUUAGGCUAGAAAGUCUGUUUGAUUUUGAGAGAUGGUUGCAAAAAAAUGAGAGGCAAGAAAAACAGAUAAUAUUUCCUCUGCUUGAGAAGUUGUUUAUUAGGCACUGUGGAAAGUUGGCAGCAUUGCAAGACGCACAACAGUUUGAUGAACCGUGUGGUGGGCAUCAUAGUUUGGUGUUUCCUGCAUUGAAAGUACUCGAAUUGGAAGAUUUGGAGAGCUUUCAGAGAUGGAAUGCAGUCGAAGGGACUCAAGGAGAACAGAUAUUGUUUCCUCGUCUUGAGAAACUAUCUAUUGAAAAAUGCCCAAAACUGGUAGCAUUUCCUGAAGCACCAUUGCUGCAAGAACCUUGUAGCGGAGGUGGCUAUAGAUUAGUACGCUUAGCGUUUCCUGCCCUUAAGGUACUUGUAAUGAAUGACUUGGAUAGCUUUCAGAGAUGGAAUGCAGUUGAAGAGACUCGAGGAGAACAUAUAUGGUUUCCUCAGCUUGAGAAACUAUCAGUUCAGAGAUGCCCAGAGAUGAUAGAUUUACCCGAAGCACCAAAACUCAGUGUGUUGGAAAUUGAAGAUGGCAAGCAAGAGAUCUUCCAUUUUGUGGAUGGAUAUUUGUCUUCACUGACCAAUCUGAUACUGAAGCUGAAAAACACAGAAACAGCAUCAGAGGCUGAGUGCAGUUCAAUUGUAGCCGUGGACAGCAAGGAGAAAUGGAACCAGAAAUCCCUUCUUAAAGUUAUGGAGUUAAGAUGCUGCAACUCAUUUUUUGGAUCAGGUGCACUAGAGCCGUGGGACUAUUUUGUACAUCUUGAAGAGUUAAAUAUUGAUGGAUGUGAUGUGCUCGUCCACUGGCCAGAAAAAGUGUUCCAAACCUUGGUGUCUUUGAGGAGAUUAGCGAUUAAAUUCUGCAAAAAUUUGAGUGGAUAUGCAGAAGCUCCUCUUGAGCCAUCAGCAUCCGAAAGGAGUCGACACCUGCCAGGUCUGAAGUUUCUUGUGUUGCAGAAUUGUGCAAGUUUGGAAGAGAUUUUCGAUAUCCCAGCUUCUCUCAAGAGCAUGAGUAUUACUCAGUGCAUUAAGCUUGAGUCCAUAUUUGGCAAGCAGCAGAGGGUGUCAAAGUUAAAUCAAGUUUCUUCUUGCAGUGAGGCAAGCGUGCCCACAGCUAUAUCGGAGUUGCCAUCCUCACCCAUGAAUGACUUUUCUCCAUGCCUAGAAUCUCUAUAUUUAUCUGGAUGUGAUAGUUUAUCAACAGUUAUAAAUAUUCCGCCAUCUGUGAAGACCAUAGUUAUGUCUGGCUUCAAUAGCAUUAAAGUCUUAUCGUGUCAACUGGAUGAGGUCCAAAACACCUCCACUGAUGUACCAGAGCCAUCAACAACAGCUGCAAGAGAGUAUUCCCUUCCUCCUAAACUCCAAACUCUGAGAAUAUCAUUCUGUACUGGCAUCUUUGGGGGUAUUCUCCGUCUUCCCACAUCCCUCAAGAAACUGAGCAUUAAUUACUGCAUUCACUUGACAUCGCUGGAGUCUCUGUCGGCAGAGCACCCCCCAUCGUUGGAGUCCCUUUUGGUUGAAAGCUGCAGUACCCUGGCAUCCCUACCGGUUGAGCCGCAAGUAUACAGGUCUAUCCAAACUCUUAGAAUUAAAGAUUGUCCAGCAAUAAAGAAGCUCCCUAGAUGUCUGCAGCAGCAACUGGGAAGCAUCAACCGGAAAAGUCUAGAUGCCAAGUAUAAAGUCACGGAAUUUGAACCAUUGAAGCCGAAGACAUGGAAGGAGAUACCAAGAUUAGUCCGCGAGCGGGGGCAGGCGUACUGCAAUUGAAAGCCAUUCAGUUCUUAUUCCACGGAAAACCUUGAGAGGGUGAGGAACUCCUGACAAUAGGAGGAUAGCAUUGCAUCCUGUUAAAAGGAGGAGAACAGGGCGAAAACCACAUGAAAAGGGCAUGCGUUCUGCUCGUGUCGAUAAGGUACCACUAGGUUAUGCCACGAUUGUAAUCAGUCGGCUUUGCUGAACUUUGUUAUGUAUCUUGUUCAGAUACUUGUAAUGUGAUCGAAUUGAAUUGCAAGUAGAUGGAUGGUUGAGUAAUAAAACACAGCUAGUGAUAUUCA